AGUUAACAACUUUGUAACUAACAGAGGUUUUUUUUUCCGCCAUACACAACGGAGUGGCAAUGUUUUUGAGAAGGCGCUCCGCACUUCAUCUCCGUCUUCAUCUUCUUCUUCCCAAUUCAUAUUUCAACAAUUCCUUCACCUUAUUCUCUUCUCAAUCACUCACAUUUUCCCAACACCAACAACAAUGGCUUCAAAACGUUCAAAAACUUCAAUCAUUACUACACCAACGUCGCACAAAAACCGCUCAAAGGUACCUCAAAUUCCUUCUUCCCUCUCAACUUCACCCUCUCGUCUCCAAACCCAUCUUUUUACAAACACUCUUACCCUUUUGCUCUAACCCCAACACUCUCAACCAAGUCAUGGAUAUUUACCAUUCGAUGAAAAAAGACGGAUUUACCCAUCCCAUGGUUUUCCUUAACCCUAUUCUUCAAACCCUUGUUGAUUCACAACAGUUCGAAGAAGCUCUCACUCUUUUCACCGAACUUGUUGAAUCGGGUAUUCGACCGGAUGUUUUCUCUUACGCAAAAGUUGUUCGUGCUGCUGUUAUGUUGAAGGAUUUGAAUAAGUGUUUUGAGUUGUUGAAUUCGAUGGAGAAAGAUGGGAUUCGACCUUUUGUUUAUGUGUAUAACUUGGUAUUGGGUGGGUUGUGUAAAGUGAAAAAAAUAAAAGAUGCUCGGAAGUUGUUUGAUGAAAUGAUUCAUAGAAAAGUGGUUCCUAAUACGGUGACUUAUAAUACGCUUAUUGAUGGGUAUUGUAAGGUGGGUGAAAUUGAGGAAGCUUUUAGCUUGAAGGCGAGGAUGAAGGCUCCGUAUUCGGAACCGAAUUGUGUUACUUAUAAUUGUUUGUUAGGUGGUCUUUGUGGUUUGGGGAGAUUGGAAGAUGCUAGAAGGGUGCUGCAAGAGAUGGAGGGGAAUGGUUUUUUGCCUGGUGGGUUUUCGAGUAUUAUAUUUGAUGAUCAUUUGGUGUGUGCAAAUAAAAAUGGUUUAAUAGAUGGAAAUGGAACAAGGGUUGAUGAGCGUACUUAUAGUGUUUUGUUGAAUGGACUUUGCAGGGUAGGAAGGGUUGAAAAGGCUAAAGAGGUUUUAAGAAAGCUGGAAAAUAAUGGGGUUAUUCCAAGUCAGAUAUCAUAUAACAUAUUGGUGAAUGGUUAUUGCCAUGAGGAUGACUUGAAUAAAGCUUUAUUGACAGCUGAAGAAAUGGAACAACGGGGGUUGAAGCCUAGUUAUAUCACCUUCAAUACCUUGAUUAAUAAAUUUUGUGAAACUGGGGAGUUGGAACAGGCGGAGAAGUGGAUUAGAAAGAUGAUAGAGAAGGGUAUUUCUCCCACUUUGGAGACUUAUAACUCUUUGAUUCAUGGUUAUGGAAUGGUGUGUGAUUUUGUCAGGUGUUUCGAGAUUUUUGAGGAAAUGGAAAAGAAGGGGAUAAUGCCUAAUGUCAUAAGCUAUGGUUCUCUGAUAAAUUGUCUCUGCAAAGAUCGUAAGCUUCUUGACGCUGAGAUUGUGCUUGCGGAUAUGGUAGGUCGUGGGGUUUCUCCAAGCGCGGAAAUUUAUAAUAUGCUCAUUGAAGCUAGUUGCUCAUUGAGUAAAUUGAAAGAUGCCUUCAGGUUUUUUGAUGAAAUGAUAAAAAAUGGAAUUGAUGCGACUGUUGUGACAUACAAUACUCUGAUAAAUGGACUCGGAAAAAAUGAAAGAGUAACAGAGGCUGAGAAUUUGUUUCUCCAAAUGACCAGCAAGGGAUAUAACCCAAAUGUGAUUACAUACAAUUCCUUAAUCUCAGGAUAUGCAAUGUCAGGAAACACCAAGAAAUGCCUCGAAUGGUACGAUAAUCUGAAGAAACGAGGCUUAAAACCUUCAAUUGGGACUUUUCAUCCUUUGAUCAAUUCAUGCAGAAAGGAAGGUGUAGUGACAAUGGAGAAAAUGUUUCAAGAAAUGUUAGGAAUGAAUUUGGUUCCAGAUCGAGCUGUAUAUAAUGAAAUGAUAUAUGGUUAUGCGGAAGAUGGAAAUGUUUUGAAGGCAAUGUCUUUACACCAACAGAUGGUUGAUCAGGGAGUUGAUUGUGACAAGGUGACUUACAACUGCUUGAUUCUAGCACACCUUAGAGAUAGAAGGGUCUCAGAAAUAAAGCAUAUUUUUGAUGAUAUGAAGGCAAAGGGUCUAGUUCCAAAAACUGAUACAUAUAAAAUUCUGGUUAAGGGACAUUGUGACUUAAAAGAUUUUGAUGGUGCCUACAUAUGGUAUAGGGAAAUGGUUGGCGUGGGUUUGAUUCUAAAUGAUCGCAUCUGCUAUCAGCUGAUAUCCGGGCUUAGAGAAGAAGGAAUGCUGCAAGAAGCCCAUAUGGUAUCCUCAGAAUUGAGUAGUAGAGUUCAACAACUUGAAAGCUAACAAAGAGUACAGACGACUGUACAAUAUCAAACUUCACCCCAUGAGUGACAGAUACAAAGGGAAGAGAGAAAAAAAGUAAAAACUGUGCUGGACAAGGAAAUGAGAAAUGCAAAGGGAUAGUAGAUGUAAAAGGAUAUGUCAAAGAAAGGAGUGUACUGUACGAAAAACAGGAUUGUAUUGCAUCCAGAAAGUGGCUUAUUGUUUAUGCAUAGCAAGCCAAGUCAGGUAUCCAGGGCAGAGAAGUUAAAUUAACACAUCCUGAUAAUGAUCUACUAGAAGGAUAUGAUUGGAUGGAGGAUUUUGGAGGAAGAUGGAGGGCAUCAUUUAUUUAUUUUUUAAAAAUUAAGUUAUAAAGUGCUUCUAAAAAUAACAUAUCCGAAAUUAAAAUAUUAUAUGAUCAUUUAUUAUGUUAUUUUUAUAUCUCAAAUAUACACCAAAAUAUAGACUUAUCUCGCUCUAAAACCAUCCCUUGUAAAAACAAGACAUCCAAACAUACUUCAAGGGUUUGUUUGGUUCAACCAAGGGGAAUUGAGGUAGAUGAGGUGAGGGAUUUUUAAUGGUUUUGUGUUUGGUUUAAGUGGAAGGGAGGAAUUUUAAAUGGUUUUUAUGUUUUUUUAUUCUCUUCCCUUCAAAUUCCUCCAAAAUAGAGAGAGAGCAAAAUGAACCCUAUUAGUGAUUUUGGCUCCUUCUCCUCUCCCCCUCCCUCCAUUUGUCUCUAACCCAACACACCCUAAAGUUUCCUAUGUAAAAUGGGUCUAAUCCUCUAAUGAAUUUUAACAUGGUGGAAUCUAUGUAGCGAGGGUUGUCAAUUGUUAAUAUAGUCUGAUUUAUGAUAUUGUUAAUAAGUUUAAAUAAGCAACUCCUGAUUUUUCCAUA